AUGCGUGGCGGAUUUGAGCGCUUUGAUCUGCCACCUGGUCCAUCCGAAGUUAUUCAAACGUCUUCUGAAAUCUCAUCUGGAGACAUCACCUCGAUCUCUUCAAAUACUAUGCCAGUUGGAAUGGUUCAUGACUACUGGAGUGCUCCAACAACAACUGAAUUAACGUCAGUUGGAGGAUGUAUGGCCGAAUCAGAAGAAAGUACCGUCUGUCCAACAACAACACCUCCGUCAACGAUUAUCAGCUUGAAUUCCGAUGAAAUGAUGCAACAACCAAAGCCACGAAUGACCAUAUGUGCUUUAUGUAAUUUAGAAAUAGUUGAUCAAUUCAUUUUGAGAGUUCAUCCCGAUAUGGAAUUUCACGCUUCAUGUCUCAAGUGUCACGAGUGUCAACGUAAUCUGGAUGAAUCCUGUACAACGUUUGUUCGUGAUCGUCGAACAUAUUGUCGGGAUGACUAUAUGAGAUUAUUCGCUACGAAGUGCUCAAGAUGUGAUCAAGUCUUUGGCCGACAUGAGAUGGUCAUGAGAGCUCGAGAUGUCGUUUUUCACGUUAACUGUUUCAACUGUGUUGCUUGUCAACGUCUUCUGAAAACAGGCGAUGAGUUUCAGAUUAAGGGAGAUAGAUUAUACUGUAAGGAUGAUUGUCGCAAUUUGAUGCAAACUUCCGUUGCUUCAGGCAUUUCUCACCAAUCCUCUACUGACGUCAUGCGAAAUCCUGUUGGGUCUGUAGCUUCGCUUGUGGCUCCCUCUUCUACAUCAACGUUAGGCGCAACAGCUGGAUUAGGCGUAGCUGGAGGAGUUGCAGCUUCUGCUGUCCCAACUUCUACAACAACAACGACAUCUCUGGAUUUAAGUUGUCGCCCUCCGUCUGGAAUGAUGACUAGUACCACAACACCUUCUAUGUAUGCUGAUGAUGACAAUUGGGAUUCUUGUACAAUGGUCAGUCUCGACCAUACUAAUAGCACGAGUCCUCCUUUAUCUGUUCGAUCUCCAAAGUCCGAAGAAAUGAUGUCGAAUGGCUAUGGAUCGUAUGCCUCAGGGAACAAUGUGUCUUCAGGAGGCACUACAACCUCAGGUUCAUCGAAAAAGAAAAAAGACAAGCAGACGACACGUGUUCGAACAGUUUUAAAUGAGACGCAAUUAAGUCUUUUAAAGAAAUGUUAUGCGCAUAAUGCUCGUCCAGAUGCUAUGCUUAAGGAGCAACUUGUUGAAAUGACAGGUCUGAAUGCUCGUGUAAUUAGGGUUUGGUUCCAAAAUAAGCGAUGUAAAGAUAAGAAACGUCAAAUACAAAUGAGAGAUUAUCAGGCAAAUGCUGAAAAAGAAAGAGCUUUAAAUCAUGUACGUGUUGGAGGAGUAGGUCCUAUGAUUGCUUCAGCUCCAACAACACAUAUUGAUAAUAUGGGACAGCCGAUUGAUAUUCAGCAUUUCCAACAAUGGCCAGGAACUACAGCUCCACCACCAAAUCAUAUGGAUGCCAAUGUUGCGAUGGAUGGAGGAUAUCCCCCCAAUGGAAUUGGAUACGCCGAUCUGGUUGCUCCUCCUGAUAUGGGAUAUAUGACUUCAGGUGGACCACCACCACCUGGAUACCAUCAUGAAUACUCACCUCAUCUUCACACAUCAGAUUUAUCAUCCCCUAGCUGUAGUGAAUAA